AUGUUCUUCUUGGACGAUUUCCUAGAACUUCUGGAGCCGCUGAAGAACCAAUUCAAACAAGACAUCGAGCAAAUCGGAAAACUAGACCAAGAAGCCAACAGUUUCAGACGGCAAAUGCACGAAAAAGCCGACGAUCUCUUCAAACGAUGCCAAAUCAAGGACAAACAAGGCGUCAAAAACAUCCAAGAAGAUCCUGAAGUCAAGGCCAUGCAAAAAGAGUACAACGCUUUUGCAAGCAAGGCUAAAAGUGCGCAUGAAAAGAAGUGCAAGAUGAUGACGGAAACAAUCUCAAAGGUCGACCGCUACGUCAGGCGCUGCGACGAAGACCUGGAUUUAUUCAAAAACGAAAUCGAAGCUGAACAGCCGGGCAUCACAUAUCAGCUCGAGCAAAAAGCGACAGACAACACACCAGAGCUCCAGAGAAAGAAUUCCGUCCUCGGCUCUGAUUAUGAAUACGACGAGAAGCAAUUCAAGCACACUUCGACACGUAAAAAGACGACAUCAGCUAGUCGCGCGCGGCGACCAAGCGAUAAGGAAGCUCUAGCCGCGCAUCUAGACUCCUCCGCAGCUCCUUCAAUUCUCCGACAAGCUUCAGUCCCUGAGCGCGGGCGAAAAAACUCGGCCACAAACGUCCGUCUCGAUCGCUCGCAUUCGGUGGGGGCUCCGCCAAUGAAGACGAUCAGGCUCGACCCGGGAAUACCGACGACUUCGGCGAUGCCCCACCCGACGGUAGAAGUCGGCGUUGAUGGGGUUUCAAGACCGGCGAGGAUAAAGAAACUCACGCCAAAGGGAUCGCAGUACAGGCAGAACUUCAGCAAAAGCGCUCAACUGGACAACGGUUUCCGCGUACCGCUGACCGAAAGCUACAAUUCCAGCGCCGCCCAAAUCGUGCAACUUCCCUCGACUUCGGCGAUGUUCGUCCAAAACGUGGCGACCGCGAAUGCUGAAAUAAUUGCCGACAACGCGAACUCGAGCACGAGUGAAAUCUCUCCCUUCAAAACGCUCCAAAUUCAUCCAGGAAUGAUCCAAAAUAUCAACAAAGUUCAGGACUAA